AUGUCAGUGACAACAGUGGAAGGCAUUGGCAGCAGACAGCAGGGCUACCAUCCUGUACAAACAAGACUAGCACAGUUCUAUGGCACUCAGUGUGGCUUCUGUUCUCCUGGCUGGGUCAUGGCCAUGUACAGUUUACUAAAAUCCAAUAAGAACAUGUCAAUGAGAGAUAUUGAAGAAUCCUUUGGAAGCAACAAUUGCAGAUGUACAGGAUAUCGACCGAUCUUGGAUGCUUUUAAAAGUUUUGCCGAGGACAGCCCUCCCGCUGUGAUGGAUAAGAUAAAUGAUAUUGAGGACUUAUUGAAGAUAUGCACUAAAAGUGGAAAACCUUGUGAAAAUCUGUGUAAACUUCAUAUUCCAAAUGGCAAAGACUUCAAAUGUAAGCAGGAGUCAGAGGAAGAUGAAAAUCUUGAACACCAUUUUGCAGAAGUAGCUCUUGCUUCUCCCAAAGUGUCUAUUUCUCUUCACCGAAAUAGCAGCUGGUAUAAAGUCUCGUCGAUUGAAGAAAUAUUUGAAAUUUUUUCAAUGAUUGAAGGCACAUACAUGUUAGUUGGAGGGAACACAGCUCAAGGUAUCCUAGAGGACAAGUACCCUGCUCCCCCGGAGACGUACAUUGAUGUUAACGGAGUGGCAACACUGCGGAGUCACAGGUUUGAUGGAGACAGUCUAGUGUUGGGAGCCAACAUGACUCUGACAGACACAAUGCGGCUGUUUGAUGCUGUAGCCACGUUACAACCUGCACAGUUUAAGUACCUCUCCACUCUUAGAAGGCACAUGGAGAAAGUGGCGCACAUUCCAGUGAGAAAUGUUGGCACAUUGGCUGGAAACCUAUUUUUCAAGCACCAAUAUCCAAAAUUUCCUUCUGAUCUUUUUACAAUAUAUGAGACAGUUGGAGCCAAGCUGAUUAUUGAUUCUGGAAGCGGUGAGAUGUUAACAGUUUCAUUCCCUGAGUUCCUAGCCACAGAUAUGUACAAGAAAAUCAUCACAAACAUAGUAUUUCCUCCUCUUGACUGCACUUAUGUUGUAUUAAGAAGAGCCCAAAAUGACCAUGCAAUUGUCAACGCUGGAUUCUGCUUUAGCUUUGACAAGGCCAACAUUUUCAAAGUUCUAACUAAACCAAGAAUAGUUUACGGAGGAAUAGCACCAGACUUU